AUGUGGUUCCCAAAAAUCGCUGGCUUCAUUCUCGUAGUGUUUAUUCUCGUCUCUUUGGUGCGGUCUAGGCCGACUCCAGGACUGGGACACUUGCAUCUUCCGAUCCAUAAAAGCGAAAGUCGAUUGAGAAGUAAACUGAAAAGGCGUUCUUUCGCUGAGAUUGAGCUGCUCCAUGAAUCGGACGUUUAUUACUCUACCGUGCUGAACAUAGGUACGCCCGGUCAGGAGGUUUCUGUUGUUAUGGACACCGGAUCUGCAGAUCUGUGGGUAGCCAGCUCCUCCAACCCAUACUGUUUGAAUAGCGUACAGCUGAAUCAGACGUACAAUGGCGAGCAAAUUGAGCCUUCGAUUGAUUGCAGUGCUCUGGGAACUUUCGAUGCGAAUUCAUCUUCCUCCAUCAAAAAGCUGGAUAUUGGUCGUUUCUUCAUAAACUACAGUGAUGGGUCGUUCGCCGACGGGUAUUGGGCUAGCGAAAAGAUCUCCAUGGGCGAGAUCGAUGUUUCGGAACUGCAGUUUGGCGUAGCUGACUAUGCUACCGCCCCGAUAGGAGGAGUUCUGGGAAUUGGCUUUGCCCGAAGAGAGUCCGUUCGUGGUUACGAUAACGCUCCAGGGCGAUUCUAUCCUAACUUUCCUCAAGUACUCAAACAGGGGGGUGUCAUUGACGUUGUGGCAUAUUCGCUGUACCUCAGUGAAGCAGGCGGGGACUCUGGAUCGAUCCUAUUCGGUGCUGUGGAUCCUAGCAGGUACAUCGGCCCAUUGUACACUUUUCCCAUGGUGAACGAAUACCCUGAAGUGGUAGAUAAACCUGCCACUCUGGCGAUGACGCUGCAGGGAAUUGGCGCCAAAAGCGAUAGAAACUGUAAAAGUAAGACGUUUUCAACCACAAAACUUCCCGUGCUGUUGGAUUCCGGCACUACGUUUAUGAGCGCACCACCAGAGAUUGCCGAUGAGAUGGCGUCAUUCGUUGGCGCCACUUUUAGUGAAAACGACGGCGUUUAUAUUUUCCAGUGUCCUGCUGAUGAUGAUGACACAGAGUUUGUGUUUGAUUUUGGUGAUAUCAAAAUUGCAGUGCCAUUGAGAAAUUUCCUGCUGCUUCCGCCCUCAAAUGGUUACUGCGGUUUUGGCGUCAUGCCUGCUCCAUAUUCCAUGACACUUGGGAGCGCAUUCCUGUCAUCUGCCUAUGUGGUCUACGACUUGGAUAACUAUCUGAUAUCAUUGGCCCAGGCAAAUCAUGACGGCAGUUCGUCUCAGGACAGCUUCGUUAAAGUUGGCAAGCAGGGCGGGAUACCCGGUGCCACGAAAGCCACUGCUAUUGCUUGGGUAACAGACGAGCCAAUUGCAGUCGACUAUGACAUUUUUGCGAGCUCAAAGUCGUGCAACGGAGCUACCAGUCAAACAAAUCCCAGCAGUAGCGACACAUCGCAAACACUUUCGCCGGUGUCCACUAACUCACGGACGGCACCCGCAAAUGCCACGCUCUCUCUGCAAGUGGAUGCAACACCAGACUCAUCGUACAAUCUGCAAGUAGUAAGCAGUCGCUCAGUCAUAGUAAAGAGCGAGGAAAGUGCAACAGCCACCGGUGAUUAUGCAACCGAAGAAUACCGCAGCCAUCCACCACAGUACAUUACCGUUACAUGCACCGUAACGGCCAUCGAGACGAUCGUUUCGAGAAUCGACUGUCGCUCGAACGACUGA